AUGGAAACUUGCAUACGAGAUGAACUCGAGAUACUCAUUUCCUCGCCGAGUGAGAUUAGAUUCCUAAGGACGCAUUAUCUGCUUUCAUCUGCUCCGCAAUGUCCGACGCGAUUGGGAUCGGAUUCCGCGCAAGUUGAAGCUCGAGUGUCGAAUUGGUUCGGGAACAAGCGGAUAAGGUACAAGAAGAACAUCGCCAAGGCACAAGAGGAGGCGAAUCUCUACGCUGCGAAAAAGGCCGCCGGGUCCACCGUGUACAAAUAUGAAGAACACACGGGUUUCAGUCCAUUGGGUCCACGGUGGAACAAACAGCAGCUGACGGACGCUGUUGCGACAGCAGCUGCCGCGUGGCGGUUCCGCUUCGGCUCAAUCCCGCCGACGGCGCACGUUUUUCCCCCGAAAGCCCUUGUUUUUCGCCGACUCAAAGCGUCACCGGAUGUCGUGGAGAAAAGCAGAAAAGAAAGAAAGGAAAAGUGCCAGACGCGUGUGACGAUGGACAGAGCCAGGGGUCGAUUCUUCCUCUGCGGUUUCGGACCCGGCGAAGAUGAACGAGUUGCCGUGUUCACAUAA